AGGAGCGGCUGCAGCCUGUACGUCCGCCUCAUGUGGAACAGCCCGGCCGGUUUACUGCCUUUUCAUGUCUCACUUUAAAGGAUUGAUUUGGAGCUGCUGGUUGUUAGAAUGCGUCCGGGAGUGCGUCCUCCUCCUCUCGACGCUGUGCAGUCCUCUCUCUGUCUGCUAGUUCUCCUGCUCUGUGUGGAGGCUGCUGAAGGCGCUGUUUACAAUGGAGAAAAGAAGCAGGCUUCACUAAGGAGCAUCCUUGAACAAGUACAGAGUUAUGAGAUUACUUCUGCCACAUGGCUGCAUCCUCACAGACACAGGAGGUCUGCCAUCAAAGAGCAUCCUGCAGAGGCACAGGUUCAGAUCACAGCUGAGGGCCACGAGCUCAAACUACACCUGGAGAAAAAUGAGCAGCUGUUGGCCCCUGGAUAUCAGGAAAUUUGGUACUCUCCUAAUGGAGCCCGCAAGUCCUCCUCUCCUGCACACACUGGACACUGUUUCUACCACGGGGAGGUUCUUGGCCUGGAAGGCUCAAGCGUUGCUGUAAGCACAUGCUCAGGACUCAGGGGACUAAUUUCUCUGAACGCGAGUGUCAGCUACCUGAUAGAGCCCCUUCCUGCCUCCACGGACGCACAGCAGCAUCAGCAGCAUCAGCAGCAGCACGCUGUGUUCAGAGCCCAGAGUCUUCACACAACCGGAGGAAGGUGCCUGCAUCACCAUGGCAACAAGGAGCAUGAGGAGGAGCUAAAUGACUUCAUGCAUGGAAUGAUGUCAUCGCGGAGCAGGAGGGGGAAAAGGGACCUGAGCAAGAAUAUGAAGUAUGUAGAGCUGCUGAUUGUGGCAGACAAGGCGGAGUUUGAGAAGCAAGGGAGUAGUCUCGAGAAGACCAAACUGAAACUAAUGGAAGCGGCCAACUUGGUUGACAAGUACUACAAGGCUUUGAACAUCCGUGUGGCUCUGAUCGGUCUGGAGGUUUGGACCAACCAGGACUUGAUCAGUGUUUCAGACAACCCUCACAGCACUCUGGCAGCUUUCCUGUCCUGGAGACGCAAACAGCUGGGCAGGCUCCCCAACGACAACGCUCAGCUCAUCACGGGGAGGGGAUUCCAGGGCACCACCAUCGGGCUGGCACCUCUUAAAGCCAUGUGCUCCGACUACCAGUCUGGUGGAGUGAACACGGACCACUCAGAGUCAGCUGUGGGUGUAGCUGCCACCAUGGCACAUGAGAUGGGCCACAACUUUGGCAUGAGUCACGACAGCACAGGCUGCUGCCAGGCGAAGGCCGACGAUGGAGGCUGUAUCAUGGCUGCUGCUACUGGGCAUCCAUUCCCUCGUGUGUUUAACGACUGUAACCUGAAGGAGCUGAAGAGUUACCUGAACUCCGGGGGAGGGAAGUGUCUGUUCAACCUGCCCAACACCAGAGCCAUGUACGGAGGGCAGCGCUGCGGCAACGGUUACCUGGAGGAUGGAGAAGAAUGUGACUGUGGAGAGGAGGAGGAGUGUACCAGUCCCUGCUGCAAUGCUAACAACUGCACUCUGAAAGCAGGAGCUGAGUGUGCACAUGGCGUCUGCUGUCAUGACUGCAAGUUGAAGAGCCCCGGGGUGCUGUGUCGAGCCCCCUCAGGCCCGUGUGAUUUAGCAGAGUAUUGUGACGGUAAAGCAGAGACGUGUCCCGCUAACUUCUAUUUAGUGGAUGGGACGACAUGUGCAGAAAGGCAGGCUUACUGCUACACCGGCAUGUGCCUGACCCUGGAGCAGCAGUGUCGCUCUCUCUGGGGACGAGAUGGCAGAGCAGCUCCUGACCUGUGUUUUAAGAAGGUGAAUGAAGCUGGGGACAUGUACGGGAACUGUGGCAAGGAUUUGUUUGGGAAAUACCGGAGCUGUAAGGAGAGGGAUGCUAAAUGUGGGAAAAUCCAGUGUUCAACUACAGCCUCGAAGCCGAUUGAGAACAACGCUGUGCGCAUUGAGACCACCAUCACCGUGGGCAACAAAAAGCUCCACUGUAUGGGGACACACGUGUACAAGCCUGGACAGGGGGACGAGGAGGCACAGGGCGACACCCUGGACCCUGGCCUGGUCAUGACUGGAACUAAGUGCGGUGUCGACUCGAUGUGCUUUAAUGGAGAAUGCCGCAAUGCAUCUUUUCUCAAAGCUGACGAGUGCAAUGCCAAGUGCCACGGACAUGGGCUGUGCAACAACAACCAUAACUGCCACUGUGACACCGGCUGGGCUCCUCCGCUAUGUGAUCAGAGGGGGUCAGGGGGGAGUGUUGACAGCGGACCUGUCAUCAACCACAGCAAUCUCCUUCCCGUCCUGGUGGUCCUCCCUCUGGUUCUCUUUGUGGUCCUGGCUGCUGUUGGACUGUGGUGCUGCUACAAACAUAAACUCCACCCAGUGAAAGCCUCCGCGCCACCUCCAGUGCCAGCUUGUUCAGUCCCGGUCGAAGGGAAGCCUUUUUGUGCCGACGGUCAUACCAACCCGACGUUUUUGCUAAAGAAACAAGACCCAGAUCACCUGGUGAAGUCCUCUCCUCACCCGAGCCCGUCUUGCUCAUCUCGGUCCAGACAUGCUAUCGUGCGUCCAGGAGUUAAGCCCCCCCCUGUACCUGCAUAUGCUGCAGAACACAAAGAGAUCCAGCCUCCUCAGGGUUACACGUCUUUAACUCCCUUUAAAUCUGUGCAGCUGAAAGAGCAGAGACAGAACCAGGCUCCUCCUCCUCCACCCUCAGAACCACAACGUUUACCUCCCCAAGACACCAAACCCAACAAAAUCAGACCAGACCCUCCAAACAGACCUCCACCACCUUGUCCUGUUAAGCCAUCAGUGGAACAAAACCAAACAAAAGGCCUGCAGGUCACCACUAACGCUCUGCAGAGAAGAAAAGCUGCUUUGGCGCCACCUGCUGGUCAUAAAAAGCCAAACCGAACCAAUGAGCUCAGGGAGACGUUGAGGACCACCACUACCAUCAAAUAACACUGCCUCAAACUGCCUUUUUUUAAUAAUAGCGGCUGAAAAUGUGGCAGCACGGAGAAGAUGAAUGCUCUGAUGAAUCUCUGUGUGGACACUGAUGUGUAAAAGGGAAAAGGGUAACACUUUAUUCAUGGUACAUAUCACAAGGAGUAUGUUUUAAGUCUUUAAGUUGAAGGCUUUUUAAAAAUAUACUUACCCUUGUUUCCCCUUAAACAACUUGAAUUAGCCAGAGCUGUGAAUUUUAAGACCUUUUUAUUUUUGUUUUUUUGUCCCCAUGAUUCAUGUUAAUGUGAAAUAGUUCCAUGUGCGCAGCAGAGAUGAAACACUGCUCCAGGAUUAUUUAUUCACAAAGAGAAACAAAUGUUUACAAUGUAGUCUAUGUAGUAAAUAUGGUGUCUCUUAGAGAGCAUCGGCUGUAAAGGGAUGUCUUAUAUUAAGAAUAGAUGCCACUAUCAAAGUGCUUAUGCUUCUCAUGUUUAAAUAGAAAGGGAUUUAAACUGGACUCAUUGAGAUCAGUGAAACCCCGUCGUGCAUGCUGUCAGUAUAAGCAUUCGAUGAG